AUGGAAAAAUUUCUUAAUAUUGAAUCGAAACGUAAACAAAAUGAGGACAACUGUAAAGAAGAAAAUAAACGUAAGUUUAGAAAAUAUGAUAAUAAUUACUUAGAUUUUGGGUUUACUUACAUUACAAUAGAUAACGAAGAACGUCCUAAGUGUAUUAUUUGUUUGAAAGUAUUAGCUGCAGAUAGUAUGGUACCCAACAAAUUAAAACGUCAUUUAGAGACUAAUCAUAGUACAUUAAAUAAUAAAUCACGUGAUUAUUUUGUAAGACAACUUGCAAAAUUAGAAAAACAAUCUUCUAGUUUCGUUAAACAGACAAGCAUUCCAUCUAAAGCUCUUUUGGCUUCAUAUAAAGUAGCAUUUCGUAUUGCACAAUGCAAAAAACCUCAUACGAUUGCCGAAGACCUUAUUUUACCAUCAGCAAUAGAUAUGGUUUCUACUCUGAUAGGAGAAUCUGUAGCAAACCAACUUAAAAAUAUACCUUUGUCUAAUAAUACUAUUAGUCGGCGAAUUCAAGAUAUCUCAGAUAAUAUAAAUGAUCAGCUUAUUGAUAAAUUAAGAAAUAAAAAUUUCGCGAUUCAGCUUGAUGAAGUGACCGAUAAUAAUAAAGACGCAUAUUUAAUAUGUUAUGUUCGGUUUAUGGAUGGAGUAGAUAUUAUAGAAGAAUUAUUAUUUUGUAAAUCUAUAUUAAGUGGUACUAAAGCUAAAGACCUAUUUCAUAUCACUAAUAAUUUUAUGGAUCAUAAUAAUAUUAAAUGGGAAAACUGUUUGGGCGUGUGUACAGAUGGAGCUCGAGCUAUGUCUGGUCAGUACGGUGGACUUCAGGCUUUAAUUCGACAAAAAGCUCCAGAAAUGAUAUGGACUCAUUGUCUUAUUCAUCGAGAGGCUUUAGCGUCACAAAAUAUAAAUUGUUCUUUAAAUUGUGUACUUGAAAUAGUUAUAAAAGUAGUCAACUAUGUAAAAACAAGACCUGUUAAAGCAAGAUUUUUUCAAAAACUGUGUGAAGAAAUGCGUACAGAACAUACAACAUUGCUGUUUUACUGUAAUUCUUAUUUUGUAUAG